UAAUAUCGGCAGUCCGAUAUUAUCAGACAUCUCUAUUUAGGACUAAUUGAAAUGCCAUGCGUUUCAGUUUAUCCGUGCCCGCUGUUCAGCGUGCGCUUCCGGAAGCCGCUUUUCGGAGAGACGGGUCACACCAUCAUGAAUCUGCUUGCAGACUUCCGCAACUACCAGUAUGCGCUGCCAGUGGUGAAAGGUUUGGUGAUGGACAUGGAGGUGAGGAAGACCAGCAUCAAGAUCCCCAGCAACCGUUACAAUGAGCUGAUGAAAGCCAUGAACAAGUCCAAUGAGCACGUGCUGGCCAUGGGGGCGUGCUUCAACGAGAGGGCCGACUCCCACCUGGUGUGCGUGCAGAACGACGACGGCAACUACCAGACGCAGGCCAUCAGCAUCCAUCACCAGCCGCGCAAAGUGACCGGCGCCUGUUUUCUUGUGUUCAGCGGCGCCCUGAAGGCCUCGUCUGGCUUCUUGGCCAAAACAAGCAUCGUAGAAGAUGGCGUGAUGAUCCAGAUCACGGCCGAGACCAUGGACUCACUACGGCAAGCGCUGAGGGACAUGAAGGACUUCACCAUCACGUGCGGUAAAGCUGACCAGGAGGAGAACCAGGAACAUGUGCACGUGCAGUGGACCGAGGACGACCACAACUUCAACAAGGGUGUCAUCAGCCCAAUCGACGGCAAAUCGAUGGAGUCCAUCACCAGCGUGAAGAUUUUCCACGGCUCCGAGUUCAAAGCCAAUGGCAAAGUGAUCCGCUGGACAGAGGUCUUCUUCCUCCAGAGCGACGAUCAACCCAACGGGCUGAGCGACCCGGCCGACCACAGCCGCCUGACAGAAAACGUGGCGCGAGCUUUCUGCACGGCGCUCUGCCCGCACCUCAAGCUGCUCAAGGAGGACGGCAUGGCCAAGCUUGGGCUGAGGGUCACGCUGGACUCGGACCAGGUGGGCUACCUGGUAGGAAGUAACGGGCAGCCUCUGCUGCCUCAGUACCUGAGUGACCUGGACAGCGCUCUGAUCCCCAUCAUCCACGGAGGAGCGUGCCAGCUGAGCGAGGGUCCGGUGGUGAUGGAGCUGGUCUUCUACAUCCUGGAGAUCAUCUCCUAGAAGCCGGUGACCUCAUCACGCGCCACCACCACCACCACCACCACCGCCGACCGAACACCUUCACCACCGCCCUCCCACGUUCCCAUUUCAGCACGGCUCGAACACGGGCGCAGUGGGGUAACGUAGCCCGUCGAGGAAGAGCUGCAAUCAUCGGCGUCAUAACAAACACUUGCUGGAGGUUUUUGAAAGUCUGCAUGAGAACAUGGUGUGUGUGUGUGUGUGUGUGUGUGUGUGUGUGUGUGUGUGUGUGUGCGUGUGUGCGCAGAUCCAAAUGUGAGCUCAGUGCUGUCGGUGACCAGCAGGGGGCGUCAUGUAGCUCCUUCCAAAGUGAAGCCUCCUUGUAGCUCCACAGAUGCUGAGGCCUGAAAUAUCUCCGAGCAGCUUGGACUACAACUCACAGAUGCACCAGGUGCAUUUCUUUGAUUUUCUAUCGCAAUUAUUUUCUGUUCAGUGCCUGCUACAGCGACCCUUUGGUCCGGUUGGGGCGGAAGACUUUUUACUUUGUUCGAAGCUUUACUCCUCAAUCGCCACAUGCAUCGACUUGUUUUUUGUAGACGGGAGAAUGCUUUUUCCGUGCAGCUCGUAGCCUCCAGAGAUUCCACAACAAUAAAACACAUUUUGCUCCGGGACUGCCGAUGGCGAACAAAGGUUGCAAUUGCUUUAUCGGUUAUUAGCGCAAGAAAGACCAGAUUUCAAAAACAAAACUCUAUUUUGGGUGUUCUUUUAUUCACAUGAGCAAAGAUGUACAAAUAAAUGAAAAAAUAUAUAUAUACAGUAUAUAUGAAUAAAAUGCAGAAUCAGUGCACUGGAUUUCAAGCCAUUUCCAGGAGAGUUUUUCAAGCAAGUUCAGUGUUUGUGAAUCUGAUGGUUCCGACAGAGAGUAUUCUGUUUUUUUGUUUUUGAUUGAGCCGAAGCUUGAAUGUAUUUAAUCGCACGUUUUGUCCAAAUCCCCGAAAUCCUAACUUGGCAAAAAUAUUGCAGACGUGCAAAGAAACUGCAUCCCAACUGUUUUGCUGAUGUUUGACGUGCGACGAAGGCGAGCAGAGGACCUUUUGUUGUGACAUGGACCUGCCACCUAAGAAUGUAUUCCUCCUUUUUGUCUUACGAUCCAAACAGCUCUGAACAGCCAUCACCCUCAUUAUUGCUAAGUUGUUUAUUUAAUUCAAUCGAAUAAUGUCACAACACGCCAGAAUCUCCUCUGCAGACAAUCAGGUGCUUACUGUAGCAACCUUACAUGCUAACAUGUUUGCUAAAGGCCAAACGAGAAGGGGCAAAGGUUAUCGUUUGUGCGACAACAUCCAGGCUGUUUGACAGACGAGUAGCAUUCCCACUUUUUUCCUGUUUGUCCGAAAUCAAAACACUGCAUGCCAACACGCAAACAAGUCUUAUGAUGACAAACUGUCAGCUUUGCAUUUAAGUACUGUAUUAUUGACCUCCUCUUAGCUUAUUCACUUUUAUGUACAAAGUAUUUUUCUAUCAUUAACAUCAGUUUUAUGUUCUAAAAGGCCCAAUUCCUGUGUAUUUCUCUAUGCUUCACAAUAAAAAAAACAAAAAAAAUUACAGUUAAAAAAUACGGUAUAUGUAAUCAAUCAAUUUUCAUUUAUAUAGCCCUAAAUCACAAGUGUCUCAAAGGGCUGCACAAGCCAAAACGAUAUCCUCUGUUCAGAUCCCACAUCAAGGCAAGGAAAAACUAAACCCAGCGGGACUAAAUUGGUUUGAAGGUCACAUUUCCAUACCACAAAGUGAAUCAUUACGAUGUGUAGAACUACUCCCUUACCUAAUGUUUUGUUUUUGUAUAAUCCAAGACUCAGCGUCACCUACAGUAAACAUUUGAUUUGGGUUUGUAAAAAUGUGAAUCUUGCAAGUUUCUUUUCCCAUUUCCUGUGCCCGGCGGCCACCAGUUAAAUAGCCCAAAUAAUGAUAAAAGAGAGGACCAACAAUGGAACCUUGAGCAUCACAAGUAGGAUAAAGUGCAUCUGGAAAGUAUUCAGUGUUGUCACAUUUUGUUAUAUUGCAGUAUUACACCAAAAUGGAAUAAAUUCAUUUUUAUCCUCAUAAUUUUACACACAAUGAAAAUGUGAAAAUGCUGUUUUUUUGGCCAAAAAGAAUUAAAUCACAUGUACAUAAGUAUUCACAGCCUUUUGCCAUGCAGCUCAGAAGCAGCAUCCUGUUUCAAGUCAUCAUUCUUGAGAUUUCUUACAGCUUAACUGGAGUCAACCUAAGGUACAUUCAGUUGGUUGGACAUGAUUUGGAGUGGCACGCACCUGUCUUUAAUGUCUGAAGGGAGGAGAACUUUGUCUCCUAAACGUGUUUGUUUAAUCUCUAAUAAAGCUCACCAAGUUGUCAAUU